AUGAUGGCAUUGACAAGUAUAAAUCAGGGCAGAAAUGACGCGCGCCAUCUUAUUGAGGUCAAAGCAUCAGCUGUUCAGGGCUUGGGGAUCUUUGCCACAGCUGAUCUACCUCGUGGGACUCGCGUGAUAGCAGAAACAGCUCUAUUCAAACUCGAACAAGAAAAAUCGAGCGCGAGAGACAUUCUGGAUGCCUUUGAAAAGCUUCCGGUAGCUCAGCAAAGACUAUAUCUUGACCUACACGAAUUUGCAUGUCCCCAAUUCAGGAAAGCGGCGGAGCGUGAGAUCGAGACCCAAUGGGAGGAGCUGACAGAUCUGGAAUGCAAAGUGCUGGCUAUCUUUGCAGCGAACGCCUUUAAUGGUGGCGUUUUUCCGCUUGGCUCUCGGAUGAAUCAUUCCUGCAUUCCAAACACGGACUUCUCUUACAAUUGGGGUAUCGAGAAAGAGACAUUCCAUGCCAUCAGAGAUAUCAGAGCAGGUGAAGAGCUUACAAUAAUGUAUACCAAACUUACAAAUCGGGAUCGAAUCAAGCGUCAAGUCGAGUUUGAUAAGUGGGGCUUUCGAUGCACUUGCUUGGCAUGCGAGGAUAGUCCACAGGGUUGGGAACGAGAACAGAGGCGAAUGGAACUAUCCGAUCUCGAUCAACGUCUUGCGAUAAAUAUGCAGUUUGGUGGGAAAGAGACUUACAAAGAAUCUUCUGAACUAGCACUGAGAAUGGCCGCAAUACAGAAAUCUGAAGGCUUGCUGAACAGAGAACUCGGUAUCUCUUAUCAUGAUGCGGCUCGAUAUUGCUUGGCAAUGGGAAAUGUCAAGAUGGCACUUCUGUGGGCUGAAAAAGAGCUAGAGCUGGAUAUUUGCUGUGUCGGCCGAGAUCAUCCUGACUAUGAAAAAGAGGCUGAGAUGGUCAACUUACUCAGAGAAGCAGUAAGUGCCUCAAAACCGGUACACAGCAGUGUGAUUGAAUGGCUCAAACCACAUUCGGCACCCGAGCAACCAUGCGUUGUAAUGUGA